AUGAACAUCUUGUCUGUGGGGGCCACAGUAAACAUCCCCGUGGAUGUCAUCGGCGGAACAACUUUCCUUUUCCGCUAUACAGACAGUAACAAUGUACUCCAAACCUCUGCGGUACGUGAAGUGAAGCUAGCACGUAUACAUGCAGGUGUGGGUGUGGGUGUGGGUGUGGGUGUGGGUGUGGGUGUGGGUGUGGGUGUGGGUGUGGGUGUGGGUGUGGGUGUGGGUGUGGGUGUGGGUGUGGGUGUGGGUGUGGGUGUGGGUGUGGGUGUGGGUGUGGGUGUGGGUGUGGGUGUGGGUGUGGGUGUGGGUGUGGGUGUGGGUGUGGGUGUGGGUGUGGGUGUGGGUGUGGGUCCAAUACUGGAGUGCUUGGAAUACUGCGCUCAGAUCGUAUUCUGCCACCAAGGGGACGCUUGGUGGUUAAUAAUUAGCCAGGUGCAGCUGUCAAUGAAGGUUUUGGUAAAUUCGGUCUCCGGCACUCAAGGGACACCCAAGGGACACCCAAGGGACACCCAAAAGACAGGGAAGCGACACCAAAAGGACAUGGAAGAGACACCAAAGGGACAUGGAAGGGACACCCAAUUGGGUGUCCCUUGCAAGGGACACCAAAGGGACACCCAAGGAAUGCCCAAGGGGCACCCAAGGGACACCCAAGGGGCACGGGAGGGAUACCCAAGGGGCACGGGAGGGAUACCCAAGGGCACCAAAGGGACACGUGGAAGGGACACGUGGAAGGGACACCCAAGGGACAUGGAAGAGACACCCAAGGGACACCCAAGGGACACCCAAGGGACACCCGAAAGACAGGGAAGAGACACGUGUACCGAAGGGACAUGGAAGAGACACCGAAGGGACACCAAAGGACACAUGGAAGGGACACCCAAGGGACUCCCAAGGGACUCCCAAAAGACAGGGAAGAGACACCAAAGGGACAUGUAA